AUGUGGAACCAUUCAGGAACCCUCAGAGAGGAGGGUCAGACAGACUGCCAGUCUGUGGCCGGUCUGGGGUCUUUGGGGGUCAGCUUGGGGGGGGCAGUGGGCGAGGACACCAGGACGGCCUCCCAGGAGGGCGUGGCCGCCAUCCUGAAGUGUGCCCGGGGGCCCGUCCUGCUGGAGCUGGGCCGGCUCAAAGCGGCCUCCUGGAUCUCCUCCAGACACAGCUCCCAGGGCAGCCAGGUGGGCCAGCGCUCUGUGGACCCGUCUGCUGGGGGGCCGUGUGUGCUAGCCCAGUCCUCGUGGAUGAGCCGCGUCAGCCGGAGCAGCUCAGGACUGGCCCCGCCCCCCCCUCAGACCCCGGCAUCAGCAGACCCGCCGGCCCCCUCCCCCCCGCCCGGCAGCAGCCAGCCCAGCUGUGACAUCACUUCCUGUCCUUCCAGCAGCUCAGGCGUGGACGCCAGCGUCCGGACGGUGGAGCUCAGCAGGAGUGUGGGCGACUCCCUGGGGGUGAGCAUAGCGGGGGGGAAGGGCAGCCCCCUGGGGGACAUCCCCAUCUUCAUCGCCAUGAUCCAGGCCAGUGGAGUGGCCGCCAAGACCCAGCGGCUGAAGGUGGGCGACCGGAUCGUCAGCGUUAACGGUCAGUCGGUGGACGGCCUGACCCACAGUGAGGUGGUCACCAUGCUGAAGAACAGCUGCGGCAGCAUCCAUCUGCAGGUGGUGGCCGACACCAACAUCAGCGCGGUCACCUCUCAGGUGGAGAGUCUGUCCGGUGGCGGGGGCCUUCCAGCCAGCAGCGACACGCCGUGUGCAGCCGAGCCGGAGGGUCCGAGGCCCCGCUCCAUCAGCCUGGAGAAGGGCUCCGAGGGCCUGGGCUUCAGCAUCGUCGGAGGCUUUGGGAGUCCCCACGGAGACCUGCCCAUCUACGUCAAGACCGUGUUCAGCAAGGGCGCGGCGGCGGCGGACGGGCGGCUGAAGCGUGGCGACCAGAUCCUGGCGGUGAACGGGGAGAGCCUGCAGGGCGCCACUCACGAGCAGGCCGUGGCGCUCCUGAAGAGGCAGCGGGGGGCCGUCACGCUGGACAUCCUGUCCUAAGGCACACGCCCACAACUCCCACACUCUGGGUCACGUCCAGGCCACUGUUCCCUCCUAACACGCCCCCAGAAACACAGGUGGGCGGGAAGGGUUCCCAGCUGCUGGCCUGGACUCUAAGCGGAUCUGCCUCCUCCAUCUCAG